AUGGAGUUCAAAGACCUCUCCGGUCCUAUUGGCCUACUGAACACAGGACGUGUUCCGUGCACUCCUGCUGCCACCCUCGGGUACCGCAUUGAAGAAAAUCGCAAAGAUCACAACACCCCCAAGGAUCCAUCUCGGGUCAAAGCAAAGUUUCGAUCGAAUGAUCUCCUUGAGCCUUGGGACAAGGAAUACGUCAUGCGAGCUCUUGACCAGAUGAAGGAGAAAACUCAACAGGAUACGGGUUUGGGUGUAGAUUGCUUCGAGCUGCUAGAGCGGAGCGUCCUACAUCGAAGGGUAUACAAAAGCGAUGUCGCGAGGAAGACCAGCAUUGCAAGUGGGCCAUGCAUUCUCCCGCGGCCUUUCUUCGGCGAUACCAGCACCGGAACUGUGUAUGAGCAAUUCACCGUCGAGAAAUCGGGUGGAUUGGACUUUAGCGCCGAGUUUAUCGCUCCGCUAGCCACGGGCACAGGGAUACUCCGUAAGCAAAUCGAAAAUGUUCGCGUGGGGCCCCACUCUAAGGGAUGCCUUUUGGCUCGGAGUGGACUCCUGUUGCCCCGCGGGACAUGGCGAAAUUGGAAGGGCUCGGGAGAUAUCAGCGUCAACACUUUCAAUUCCUCCAGCUCGAAUAACAUCCGCCAGCUCCUAUUACCCUAG